AUGUGGGAGGCCUUGAAAGAUAAGUUUGGUGCCACAUCGGCUACCAAACUUAGGAGACUUAAUCAAAAGUUUAAUGAUUAUAAGAAGCGCCCAAAUCAAUCGAUGAGGCAGCAUCUUAGAGUCAUGUCAAACAUGAUUAGAGAGCUAAAAAAUGCUGGUCAGAUUAUGUCUAAUGAACAGCAAGUCCAACCGGUUCUCCACUCGUUGCCUGAAAGUUGGGACCAUAUGAAGGCUUCUAAGUCCUUUAACAAAGCCAACUUUGCAAGUUCAAACUCUGGAAUGAAACGCAAGAAAGGUAACAUGGUACACAAGGCUCCCUAUCAGUCUGAACUUAAGAGGCCAAAGAAAAAUGUCAAGCGUGGCAAGCAUGUAGGCAAGAAGGAUAAGACCAAAAUGAAGUGCUACACUGUAGCUCAUUGGGUCACUUUGCUCGUGAAUGCGCUGAGGCAAAGAAGUUAUGCAAUGCUUACAGAAUCCCAUCCUUCGUGGAUUGUAGACUCAGGAGCAACAGACCACGUAGCUAGAAGUCGAGAAGCAUUUGUAGAGUACCGACGGAGGCCUAAAGGGUCUGUGUUCUUUGGUUCUGGUUACGCUUGUGAUGAUUUUAUUGUACUUGAUUGUACUACAAAUGUUUCUACUAGAAACUUGGUCACAUUGGAGUCGACUAGAGCUAGAAAAGCUCUGAUCUUGACACAUGUGAACCAUGUUUGGCUGGAAAAGCAAUAA